UAUUUACGCUGGAUAAACACUGCAUAUGCAGUUUGCUGAGUUGACAUUGAACUAGAGCUGUGUAAGUGUAAGUCUGGACAGAGAACAAGUCUAUUUACCGCGAGCUGUAUCACUUUAGCGAGCUUGGAUGUGCACAGAGCUGCAAUCUUCACUCGUCUUUUACGAUUAUCUAAUUAGAACAUCUUCACCUGUGUGGAAUAUUUGAACUCUUCAAGCAACAGACACACAACUGUCCUCAUUCCACGAAACCUACGUUCUUGUCCUGUGAUGUGGUUUUAGAAAAGACCACUUUACAGCACUGAAGUUUUAUCUGACAACAGUUUGGAUCGUUUAGAGGUGCUCGGUCAGAAUGCACCCUCUUAUUUUACUGGCUACCCUGACAGUGGGGGCUCUCGCCACAGCUAUUCAGGCUGGGGGCCAUGACCCAUGCUGCUCGUUCCCUUGUCAAAACCAGGGCGUCUGCGUUACCAUCACCUCCGACAGCUACACCUGUGACUGUAGUCAAACGGGUUUCUAUGGCAACCGAUGCGAGCAUGCCACUCUUCUCAUGCAAAUAAAGCUCUGGCUUAAACCGGAUCCGGAAACUGUGAAUGGUAUUCUGACGAGGUACAAAUGGUUUUGGGACACCGUGAAUUACUUCCCCUUUCUUAGAGAAACCGUUAUGAAGAAGGUUUACACGUUACGAUCCAAUAUGGUUGACAGCCCUCCAACUUACACCUCUCAACAUGAAUACAUCACGUUCGAGGCGGCUAACAACCUGUCCUAUUUCACUCGGUCACUUCCGCCAGUGCCACGGAACUGCCCAACACCAAUGGGAGUAGCGGGAAAGAAGCAACUACCGGAUGUCCAGUUUUUAGUGGACCAGCUUUUCACAAGGACAGAGUUUAAACCUGAUCCGAUGAAAACUAGCGUUUUGUUUGCAUUCUUCGCCCAACAUUUUACUCACCAGUUUUUCAAAACAGAUUUUGCCAAGGGACCUGGUUUUACAAAUGGUGGUCAUGGAGUUGAUGUUUCUCAUAUUUACGGACAUGACAAAAAUGUGGAAAACCUAUUGCGAAGUUUCUCCGGUGGAAAGUUGAAGUCCCAGAUGCUAAAUGGUGAAGAGUUCCCGCCCUACCUGAGGGACGUGCCUGGGGUACCUGUCCGGUACAAGUCCACAGUGGCCGACAUUCACAAAUUCGCACUGGGUCACGAGUUCUUCGGUCUGCUUCCCGGACUGUUCCUAUAUGCCACCAUCUGGUUACGCGAACACAAUAGAGUGUGUGAAGUUUUGGCCAAGGAGCAUCCAGUCUGGGAUGACGAGAGAUUAUUUCAAACGGCAAAACUAAUUGUGUUAGGGGAGACCAUUAAAAUCGUCAUAGAAGAUUAUGUUCAGCACCUGAGCAGUUACAAUUUCCAGCUUCUCUUCAAGCCUGAUCUGUUAUUUGGUGAAGAAUUCCAGUAUCAGAACAGAAUCGCAGUGGAGUUCAAUCACCUGUACCACUGGCACCCUCUAAUGCCCGACCGCUUCAACGUCAGCGGCAAAACGUACCAGAUGAAGGAUUUCAUGUACCACUCGGGUCUUGUAGUCGAACACGGUACACAUAGUUUCACAGACUCCUUGUCAAGGCAAAUAGCUGGCCAGAUGACCUAUCGUAACCAUGGCCCCAUGACUUUAGGUGUCGCUGCUGACAUCAUUAAACAUGGGAGACAACUGCGAUUUCAAGGAUUCAACAACUAUCGGAAGAGGUUUAACAUGAAACCUUACACGACCUUUGAGGAACUCACGGGAGAAAAAGAAAUCGCCAAAAUUUUAGAAGGCGCUUACGGUGAUGUGGACGCCGUAGAGUUUUACGUGGGCCUGCUGACGGAGAAAAGACGGUACCAAGCCCUGUUUGGUGGCACCAUAGUGGAGAUGGGAGGACCAUUCUCGGUGAAGGGCUUGAUGUCAAACGCAAUCUGCAGCCCUAAGUACUGGAAGCCUUCCACUUUUGGAGGUCAGACAGGGUUUGACAUUGUAAACUCGGCCUCGCUAUCAGGUCUGUUCUGUAACAACAUUCCUGGGCAAUGUCCACUCGUGUCUUUCCGUAUUCCCGAAGAUUCUCAAAGGCCUCCGGAAAAAGCCGACUAUUGCGACGAAGAUUGUGUGAAGAAACAAGAAUUAUAGCAAGAAUUAAAUUACCUGUACUGGUAAUUAAAAAUUCAUCAUGUCCCGUGCACGAUGUUAUAGGGUAUGUAUUUUGAGAUAUUGUGACCGAAACAAAAAGGUGUUGUCGGUGAGAGUUUUGAAGAUUUCUGUCCAACUUCUUGGCGUCAGGGAUACAGCUUACACACAUAUAUAAGAAGGCAAAGCUGAUGCUUUUGAUUGUCGGUGUUUAAACUACUUUAGUGUUUUGUAGUUUAACUACUUUUGUGUUUUGUAGUUUAACUACAUGCUCAAUGAAUACAGUUGUAGGGGAUUCCCUCAAUAUCUUGUUACCGAAAAACCGUCAUUUCUUCCAUUCCAUAAUGUAUGAUAUGGUAGUGACAAAAAUAUAAGUAGGCCUAUAUAUUUUUACAGAUGCAUUUUGAAUUACUGAGAGCUUCUGAAAGACUAUUGAAUGGAAUUCUUGAUCGGGAAUAUUGCAGACAAUCUUCUUCAUUGACGCCGUUUCUUUGUCUCAGAUGGGUUGCGUAACCUCUGACGCCAUUCUUGAGCCGGGAACCGGACUCCGCUCAGUGGUUAGCUGCUCGACUCUUAACCACUGGGUGUGGGUUCACUCCCGGUCGUAGGCACGGGAUUUGAUGUAUUUCCUGGCUGUCAUUGUUUGUAGGGGCCUCACUGAUUACAAAUUGUUGAACGUUUGUUAAACACCAUUUAUUUUCCACCUACAUGUAUAUGACAUGCACGUGUGUACGUGACAGAUGGUAAAGUUCGUCAGCAACUUUUCAGAGGUCGGUGUUUUACCCUGGGAACUCUGGUUUCCUUCACCUGUAAACUGAAGGCCAUGGUAUUGAGUGUUUUCAACAAUACAAUCAAUCAUUGUACAUAUUUACACAUAAAAAUAAAUGUUUUAUAUACAGAAAAAAAAUUAUUAAGUUCUGGCAUGCUAUUCAGUAUUUCUCUCAACUUUUGUUGUAAACUCGUCCAAACACUAUGCCAAUUUGAUUGUAUAUGUAGUGGUGUAUAGUCAUAUACAAUUGACAUGACGUCGAAUUGUCCGUCACGCGUUUUCCCGGAAGAACUGGCCAUGGAGGUCGCGGUUUCGGCUUCAGUUAGUUUGACUUUGGCGUUACAUUGGCCUUGAAGUUCACCGGUUUCAUAUUCCUCCACAAAUAUACUGGACUGCCAUUAUAUAAGUCAAAUGUUCCUGAUUACGGUGUGCAACACCAGUCCAAUUAUCAAGUCUUAUUCAUGUGAUUAUAGCUUUUUAACAAGGAUUACUUAAAGAAAAUUCUAACACAAAUUAGCAUCCCUGUUAUUCAUGCCACUGUAAUAUAGUAUAAACAUGUAACUAAU